AUGGCAGCCACAUUGCGAGUUGGCUUCAUCGGUCUCGGGUUCAUGGGAACACCUAUGGCCCUGAACCUCGCACGCAGAUUUCCUCUGACGGUUUGGAAUCGCAGCCCGGGUAAAUACUCAGUAUUAAAGGAAUCAGGGGCUUCUAUUGUUGAAACACCCGCCAAAGUGCUUGAAGCAUCGGACAUCACCUUCCUCAUGCUUUUCAACUCUUCCGCCAUCACAUCGAUAUUGAGCGUAGAAUUCAAGCGAGCUUUGCGGGGCAAGAUAUUAGUAAAUACAGGCUCUGUUGAGGUGGAAUUUAGCAAAAGCCUUGCCCAAGAGGUUCAGGAGGCGGGCGGUGAUUAUGUCGAAAUGCCAGUCAGCGGUAGCAAAGUCCCUGCAGAACAGGGCCAGCUCGUCGGAAUGAUGGCCGGUGAUCCAGAGGUUGCCGAGCGUAUCAGGCCAUACGUUGAGCCUUUAACAUGCUCGGCAAUUUAUUGUGGACCCGUAGGAUCAGGGUUGAAAGCGAAAUAUGCCAUCAACACUCUGCUCAUCACCCUGACUGUUGGACUCUCAGAGUCAAUCAACCUUGCCCGUGCACAGGGACUCGAUCUUGCAACGUUCAAAAAUGUUCUCGAUGCCUGUCCGAUGGCUUCUCCAUAUUCAAAGAUCAAAGUGAACAAGAUCUUGAAUGAGGACUGGGCACCACAAGCAGCCCUCAAAGACUGCUACAACAGUACGCAGCUCAUUGAAGCAGCUGCGGCUUCUGCCAAUACUAAAUCGCCUCUCAUAAGUAUCUGUAGUCAACUUUACAAGGAGGCUCUUGAAGCGGGCCUAGGAGAAGAGGACAUGAUUUCUGUCCUGAAAGUCGUUGGGCGGUCCUCGGGAAGAGGAGGUUCCAAUCAUCCCUAA